AUGAAUUUCAACCUCGCUCCUCUAUCUACUCUCAUUGGCCUUGCUACGGCCGCCCUAGCAUCUGAGGCCGACCCCCAGAGUACUCCGCCCACUCGGAGGCUAGAGCGUGAGCCCCGGAGAGCCGACACUCCUAAAGAUAGCUGGAAGCGCCAAUACAACAAGGGUGCUAUCCCUCAAACUCCACCCGAACCGGGCUUUGAAGCCGCUUCAAAUGUUCAUGUCCGCUUCGAAACCAUAGAUACCACCGAAACGCAUCAGAUCGUCCUGCCUCGCGCUUGCAUUAGAGGACAGUCCGCUGUCGUGGGCUCACGUAAGGAAAUCAGGGAUGGAAAGGCUUCCAAGUCUUCUUUCUUUGCACAAGAAGAUCUCGCUUUGGAGAAAGGCAAGGAAAAGCCCGAUACGAGUAAUUGUCGUGACAAGUACGUCACCAGGUUUGUUUUUAAGAACGGAGUACCUGAGCUGGCUGACGGAGAGUCUGGAAAGAUCCAGCUGCCUGAUGAGACUCAGUUCAUGCUCCAGGUCGUUGUGUCAGACGUGACAGAAUUUGGAUUCGAUGCGCUACCGAAGGGCUGA